GUCACAUAGGGAUAGCACUCAUGAAUAGUGAGUCAGUGACUACCGGACCACAACAUUUUCCUGUCAGCUGGAGGGAGGAGACGCCAUGGAUGCACCUUAUCCACCCGCGCGGCGAGCCAGCAGGAAGCAUACGGCUGCUCAACUCUGCUCCCCUGGCCGGCCCUCCAAUCCUGGUACCGUACCUCAGCACGCCACGUCGCUCUAUCGCGACGGCGCACCUAACGACGCCGGCGCGCUCCGGUCCGUUCUGAAGCGCUUGGCCACCGCGUCCUCGGCUCCGCGCGGCGAAGCCGCGCCGGUGCUGCACGCCCACGCCGUGAAGCUCGGCCUCGACCGCCGCCACCGCGGCGUCCGCGACGCCCUUAUCGCGCUCUACCUCGCCUGCGGCCGGCAACGCGCUGCAAGUGCUCUGUUCGCCUGCCACCCGGUGCCGGACGUGGUCUCCUGGACGGGCAUGGUGACCGGGUACACGCGGCUCGGCCGCUUCAGCGAAGCUGCGGCGCUGUUCCUGGCAAUGGCGGACGAUGGCGCGGUCGUAGUCGACGCCGUGGCCGCGGCGGCGGCGUUCACGGCCUGCGCCGGCGCCGGGGACAUCGGUCUGGCCAGGGAGGUGCACCGGCGCGUCCUCGUCGCGGGGGUGGCCCUCGACGUCGUCGCGUGCAACGCGUUGGUCGACAUGUACUCCAAGUGCGACGACGCGGCGGCCGCGCUUCGGUGCUUCCGGACGAUGGAGCCAGUCAAGAACGUGGUGACCUGGAACACGAUGAUCUCCGCGCACGCGCGCGCCGGCGAGCCCCGUGAGGCGCUGUCGUUGUUCCGGGAGAUGCUUAAGCAGCAGGGUGCGCGUCCAGACGACGCCACGUUCGUCGCCGUCCUCGGCGCGUGUGCGCGGCUCGGGGCGCUCGACGCCGGCAGGUGGGCGCACGCUUACAUGCGCAGGACCGGAAGGAAUGCCGUUGACGGCGUCGUCGGCAACGCGCUGCUCGACAUGUACGCCAAGUGCGGCGCGGUGGAGCAGGCCGCAGAGGUGUUCGACGCCAGGGCGCAGCGGGACGUGUACACCUACACGUCCAUGAUCUCGGGGCUCGCGGCGCACGGCCGUGGCGAGGACGCGCUGGCGCUCUUCACAGACAUGCGUCGAGCCGGCGUGAAACCAAACAAAGUGACCUUCCUCGGCGUGCUCUCCGCGUGCUGCCAUGCCGGUUUCGUCGUGGACGGCCUCCGGCACUUGCACGCCAUGGCGGAGGUGCACGGCGUGGCGCCUGGCAUCGAGCACUACGGGUGCGUCGUCGACAUGCUCGGUCGGGCCGGGAGGCUGGACGAGGCGGAGGAGCUCGUCACGGCAAUGCCGGUCCGCCCCGACGCGCCCAUCUGGGGCUCGCUGCUCUCGGCCUGCCGGGAGCACGGCCACGUUGAGCGCGCCGAGCGCGUGUUGCAGCGGAUGGCCGACGACGAGGAGGCCGACGCCGGGGGCUACGUGCUCAUGUCCAACAUGUACGCGCGCGAGGGCCGGCACGGCAAGGCGUUGCGGGUGAGGCGGCAGAUGAUGAAAAGCAAGGUAGACAAGGUCCCCGGCUGCAGCCUCAUCGAGAUCGACGGCGUCGUGCACGAGUUCCAAGCAGUUCCGGCGAACUCCGCCGAACUUUUCGGCGAUGCGUCAAACUUGUUGAGCUGACUGACUCCAUAUCUUGCCUAUGCUGAUGAACAAAGUUAAUACCACUGACUAGUGAACAUAUUGAACAGCUUGACAUGUAAAUUCAUAGAUGAACUGAUAGGCGUGCAAAUUCUUACAAUUC